UAGUUCCGGUUGGUUCUGGAGUUGUAGGGGGGAAAAGAGGAGAAAAGUAUACAGGCAGAGGGACCCGGCGCUUGUGGAGCUUUCUGAAGACCUUUUUUUUUUUUUUUUUUUUUUUUUUGCGCCCUGAGGUGGAGCACCAGGAAACUGGAUCGUGCUGAAGGUAUGUCAGAGCACAAGAAUUCCACAACUGUUGAUGACCCUCGCCAGGCUCCAGAAGAAGUCCAGUCUGACUCUGAGGAGUGUUCAAUGGCUCAGGAAUCUCCAAAAAAUUCAGCAGCAGAGAUUUCUGUAACAAGCAAUGGGCAACUUGAAGACACACAUGAGCACAACUUUAACACGGAUUUGAAGCGUUCUUUACCAGCUGGACUUGGACUAUCUGAAACCCAGAUUACAUCGCAUGGCUUUGACAGUACCAAAGAGGGAAUCAUUGAAGCUGGACCUUUUCAAGGUCCCUCGUCACUACACAUGUCACCCAUUAUAUCACCUAGCAGUGCAGCAGCUAGCAGACUGGCUGGACGAGGGAGUGAUUUAAUUAUUCCCAAAGGCAAUAUAAAAAUGCAGCAGAAAAGUGGACCAGUUGUUCUUGCAGAGGAGGCGAAGAAUCCAGCAUUGGAAAAAUUGGAGCUUGUAAGAAGAUGGAGCCUAAACACUUACAAGUGUACUCGUCAGAUAAUCUCGGAGAAACUGGGUCGAGGCUCACGAACAGUAGAUCUAGAGUUGGAAGCUCAAAUAGAAGUACUGAGAGAUAACAAAAAGAAGUAUGAGAAUGUCCUGAGACUGGCACAAACCUUGUCGACUCAACUUUUCCAGAUGGUGCAUACACAAAGACAGCUUGGAGAUGCAUUUGCAGAUUUGAGUUUGAAAUCAUUAGAGCUCCAUGAGGAGUUUGGAUACAAUGCGGAUACUCAGAAACUUCUUUCUAAAAAUGGUGAAACUCUUCUGGGGGCAAUUAAUUUUUUUAUUGCUAGUGUGAACACUUUGGUGAAUAAAACCAUUGAAGAUACACUACUGACCGUGAAGCAAUAUGAAAAUGCUAGGAUUGAAUAUGAUGCUUAUCGCACUGAUCUAGAAGAACUGAAUCUUGGCCCACGAGAUGCUAACACGUUGCCAAAGAUUGAGCAGUCACAGCAACUUUUCCAAGUACACAAAGAAAAAUAUGACAAAAUGCGCAAUGAUGUAUCUGUUAAGUUGAAGUUUUUGGAGGAAAACAAGGUCAAAGUGUUGCACAAUCAGCUUGUCCUGUUCCAUAAUGCCGUUGCAGCAUAUUUUGCGGGGAAUCAAAAACAGCUUGAACAGACACUUAAGCUAUUCCAUAUCAAAUUGAAAACACCAGGAGUAGAUGCUCCUUCUUGGCUUGAAGAUCAAUAACAGAACCAGGCAUGAAGAUCCCUUGACCAACCCAGGAUCCUGUACACCUAAUGAGAAUCAAAGGAUUUGAAUAAGGAGGACUGUUUGUAAUGAUACUUGCACAAGCAGCUUUAAUUUCUCCCCUCUUGAUAAUGCAUACUGUGGAUGGGUGAAUAUAACCAAAUUUGUCAUUUCAGAAACAGAACUUUUUAUAUUUGAAGGUGGAUGGUUUUCUGUAGUUGGGAAAUAAUAGAUUUGCACUGACGAAGAUGUUUGUGAUCUCUAGUAAUUGUGGUGGAUAGGUGAAAAUUUUUCCAAAGGGAGACAUUCAUGAUUUGUAUCAACAUCUGAUAUUUUAUAUAAAUGUAUUAAACCUAUCUUAAAUAUUCUUUUUUCAUGUAGUUGUGUUUAAAGAAAAAAAUAUUUUACACAGGAACAAUGCAAGGCCUUAAAGCAGCAUCCACAAAAUCAGUUGUUGGCUGAUAUAUGGAAUUGCAGCAAAUACCUUUUUUAAGAGAAAAAGAAGCUGGUCCAUUAUAUGUUCAAAAGCACUAAAUUUAGAAUUACCUCAUUGAAUUUGAAACUUUGAACACACAUUUUAGCAUUGUAAAGAUAACCUAUUAGGAAAAGCAGGGUGUCACCCUACUGAUUUAAUUUUAAUAGUCUAUUAAAAAAGCAUACCUUUACUUGCCUUAAAUUCAAAAGUGCCUUUUGCAAUACUCUUUCUACCCAGUGUACAUAAUCUGCAGAAAGCCCUCUUUGGAUUGAAGAUUUUUUUUAAAGACGAAUUAAGGCCAGUCGGAGUUGUAUGUGUGCUUGUUUGAACUGUAACUCAUGUAUCCUGACUGACAUAUCCCUUGACUUUUUCCCACGCAGUCAGUAGUUAUUAUUAUCAAAUAUAAAAGUCUGUUCCUCCUAUCAUAGCCUUUUAAAAUUCACUGUUCUGGAGCAUCAUCCUUUGCACACUUUUCACUGUUUUUUGUGUUUAUAUAAAUAUGAUACUCAAAGUAACUUAUCACAGCUUAUAUGAAUUGUAUAAUUAUGUAUUAUAUGUUGAAAUGGAUUUGGUUGCUGCUUAUAACAGUUUUGUUUAAAGUCUUAAUGUAAAGUGUUUAUCAAGUACAUCUUAAAUCAUUCCUCAUUACACUCCUGUCUGAGCCUUCAAUUACCUUUUUCCCCCCAUUCGGUUUUUCUCUUGCAGUAACUGUUACCAGUUCCUGGAAUGGGUCUCCCAUUAUUAACUUUGUAGUCAGACUGAAAGUGUUUGCUGUGGUCUGUUCCUUUAUUGCAUUGGAUUAAAAUAAUGCACAACC